UAAACCAAAAGCGUGGCCGAAUUUGUGUGGAACGCAGUUGGCACGGCUGCUACGGCUGGGCAGUGCACCUCUUCGAGGAGGUCACAACUCCGCAGUCCGGUGGGGCCCACGGACAAUCAAUCGUCGGCGUAAUCGGCAGUCCGCAAGGGCUGUUGGGCGCUCAUCGAUCAACAAUCUCUCCAUCGAUCGUGGCCGAUUGCGAUUCGGGGGCCAAAACUGUGCGAUAUUCCGUUUGGUGAAACAUUCUGCAAGCAGGCUGUGUCCGUGAAGCAAAGUACAGUUGGCUGAAUGCACUUCUUCUCUUGUUUCUUCUAUCGCCGACGAAAGUGUGAUAUUGGUGUCCAGCACCAAACGAGAUGGAUGACUAUAAGGUGGAGUGCGAGUGAAAGAGACGGAACAUUUCAGUGUGAAGGUGCCGAGGGGAAAACGCGAACCGGCGAAGGUGGCACAUCUCCUGCUGCUGUCACGGUGACGUACUGUCGUCGUGUUUGAAAUCCUGUUUUUAUUCGCGGUUCGCAGCAUUUUUUGAGGAGCGCCAUUACGAGCGCGACAGGACGAUAAAUUUCCCAAUUAGGCGUAGUGACCAUAAUAGAAGCGCGGUGUUGUUGGGAGAAGUAACAGUCGCAUCCGAAAAACCAUCGCCAUGAAGCGAAAGCAGUAUGGCAGUGUUACGAAUGUAACGCAAAUGUUGGCCGACCGGCCGUAUUGGGACAUCGAGAGCGUACUGCGGAACCGGCUCCGAACCGCGCCCCAGUUCGUGGACAACAUCGAACUGGAGGUGGAGCUGAAAGGACACAAUGGAUGCGUGAACUGUCUCGAGUGGAGCGACACCGGCAGCAUCCUGGCCUCGGCUUCGGACGAUUUUCACGUCAUGCUGUGGGACCCGUUCCGGCACAAACGGCUCUACGAUCUGGUCACCACACACGAGGGAAACAUCUUUUCCGUGAAGUUUCUUCCAAAGCGUGGCUACUCACUCUUGGCGACCGGUGCCGGUGAUUGCAAAACGUUCGUGUUCGACGUGAACCGCCAGAAUGACUACCCGAUCCGGAAGUGUACCUGUCACAUGCAGCGCGUGAAGCGGCUGGAAACGUCGCCGAGAAGCAUGCAGCUGUACUGGUCCGCGUCCGAGGAUGGAACCGUACUUCAGCAUGACCUUCGCCAGCAGCACAACUGCGAUGGGCGCGAUGCGAACGUGCUGAUCGACCUGAAGAACUACAUCUUCGGCAUUCCGGAGAUCAAGUGUAUCGCAAUCAACCCGCAGCGGCCGGAACUGAUGGCCAUCGGAACGAACGAUAUCUACGUUCGGUUGUACGAUCGGCGGAUGAUUACCUUGUCCAAGCUCGCUGGCUAUGAGAUCAAUCAAGGGUCCGCCGUUACGGAGGACAAUAUUCCGAAGGAUGGGUGUGUGAAGUACUUCUCGCCCGGCCACCUUGGCUCGAUGGAGAAGGCCCUCGUGUACAACCAGAAAGCGGUCACGUACGUGACGUUUAGUCCCGACGGCACGGAGCUGCUGGCCAACAUGGGUUCCGAUCACAUCUAUCUCUACGACAUCAACAGUACCCGCCAUCCAUUGUUCCUACAGUUGCCAAAGCUUCCUGCUCCGGCUCCGAACGGAUCGACGAUGAACGGCAGUGUCGAUGACUGUGCCACCGGCAAGAGUGGCGGCGAAAAGAUGAAACACAAGUUUCCGCCCGACGUGGAGCUGUUGAAGAAGGAGGGCAACGCCAAUCUGGAGAAGAAUCAGUUCCUGCAGGCGAUCCACAAGUACACGCUCGCGAUCCGGAAAGCCAACAGCCAGGAUUGCGCCAUUCUUUACCUCAACCGUGCCACGGCACUGAUGAAACGCAAUUGGUACGGAGAUGUUUACGCGGCAAUCCGCGACUGUCACACGGCACUCGCGCUGGAUCCUCACUACGUGAAGGCACACUUUCGGUUGGCCCGGGCAUUGCUUAAAAUGGGCCAACUGCAAGAAUCGUUACUGUGCCUCGAGGAGCUGAUCCGUCGGUUUCCAUCGUACGCCAAAAAUCCGGGCGUGCUGAUGCUGGACAAGGACAUCGGCAUAGAGAUGGACAAGGUGCGCCACCGUCCGACUGAUAAUGGGACUGCUAACGAGGUAGAGUCUAACUCGGAAAAGGAGAAGCACUGGCGUUCGCUGGCCGUUGACUACGAGGACCGCUACGUUGGGCACUGCAAUACGAAAACGGAUAUUAAGGAGGCAAACUACUUCGGUGACUCGAACUACAUCGUGGCAGGCUCCGAUGACGGGAACUUCUUCGUCUGGGAUCGGAAAAGCGGAAUCAUCCACUCGAUCUAUCACGCGGACGAGCUGAUCGUGAACUGUGUGCAGCCGCACCCGCACAUCUGCCUGCUUGCCACGAGCGGUAUCGAUCACGAGGUGCGCCUCUGGUCUCCCCAGUCACCGGAGAAGGCACUGUCGUCCGUGCGGCGCAUCAAACCGAUCGCCACGGUCGUGCUGGAGAACCAAACGCGCAUGCAAUCGGAUCCGUUCGACUCGAUCGCACCGGAUCAGGCGAUCUGUCGGACUAGUUAGCUUUUAACGCAAUUGAUUGCCAAUCUACUACUUGUGAUUAAAGCUAGCAUUAAUAAAUUAUUCGCGAAGGUACGGUUUUUAUAGUGGCUCGUUAGCCGACCGCACCGAGACAUUGAAUGAUCCGUCGCAUCGUGAAGCCGAACGGAGCCGAAUAGCAUCGCUACACGACCACCAAUGACAGCGUUUAUGCCGCAGCUUUCGACAACCAGCGAAGCCCGAGAACGAUCAACGAGGGCCGAAAAAUUUCGGUUUUUUUUUAAUAUU